AAAAAUUACUAAUCAAAAGCUAGACUCAGUCGCCCAGCAAACUUGCAACGAUUCACAAGUUAUAAACUUUUAUUUGUCAACAAUCCCCAAACCCCAAAAGUUCAGUGCAGUCCGGCCUCUCUCUUCGAAACACAAAAUGGCGUUAGUUUUAGAGAUGACUUAUAAGUAUUACCAUGACUUAAUGGACCACUAUUCCGAUCCUCGGACCAAAGAUUACUUUCUGGCACAAAAUCCAUUCAUACCACUUGCAUUAAUUGUGCUUUACUUGCAAUUUGUUCGGAAUUGGGGACCACGUCUUAUGAAAGAUCGUCCAGCAUUUAAUCUAGACAAAGUCUUGAUUGUUUAUAAUGCAGCUCAGAUAUUUUUAUCUGCUCGACUUUUUUAUUUAGCUUCCAAGUAUGCAUACGUUUUUGGAAACUACAGUUACAUUUGCGAGCCCGUUGACUAUUCGGAUAAUCCGGUGGCACUUAUCGCUGCAAAAGAAGUACACAAUUAUUAUCUGCUCAAAUUGCUGGAUCUUAUGGACACAGUAUUUUUCGUUUUGAGAAAGAAACAGAGGCAGGUCUCAUUUUUACAUAUUUACCAUCACAUCGGAAUGGUUAUUGCAGUGUGGGUUGGAGUUCGGUUUCUUCCAGGUGGCCAAGUUUUGUUCAUUGGCUUUGCUAAUACUUUCGUGCAUAUUGUUAUGUACUCAUAUUACCUAGCAGCUGUUUUUGACGAUUCAUCAAGGAUAUGGUGGAAGAAGUACAUCACUUUGCUGCAACUGUUUCAAUUUGGUAUUAUAACAAUACAAUGGGCGUUAAUGGUCUUAGCACCGCCUUGUGGUUUUCCAAAAGUUCUAGCUCUUAUAUUUCUACCACAAAACUUAUUUAUGACAGCAAUGUUUUUGGACUUUUAUUAUAAGGCAUAUGUUAAAACCAAAUAGUUUAAGUUCAUAAUGAUUUAUACAUAUAUUAAGUUAUAGUUAUUUUAAAUUUAUUCAAUAUAAUAUUAUGUUAUAAUAAUAAAUUGAAAGAAUAAAAUUUAUUAAUAGAUAAGUUUCA